AUGCCUCACUCCAAGACACCCGGCCAGUCGAACGCGGCUUCUGACAAGUUCAACAAGGCUCAGGCUGAAGCGAAGGGCCUUGGCGCAUCCAAUGCACCUGCCGCAAAGGAGCUCAGCAAGCCUGGCGAGGCCCCUGUAGCCAGCGACAGCGGGAAUUCAAACGUCGGCGUUGACCCCAGCGCGAAUAAGCCUGGUGAGGAGGGCAUUGGUGGACCCAACUAUGGUAGCAGGUAG